AUGUCCGCUUGCCGCUCCUCUAGUGCUUCUGCUUCCGAUGCUGGUGCCUCUGGUCCAGUCUUCUCGCCUGGCUGUCUUGUGUCAUGCGAGGUCGAAACUCCUAUUUCCGAAGCUAGUGCUCAGCUUCGUCUUGCUAUGUCCCGUUUAGACGAUGCUGCCUCCUGCCUGCGCUUGCCCGGUGCUCAUUGUGUAUCGCCUGCUUUUUCUGUCCAUGAGGAUUUGUCCACUGGCCAUUUGGCAUUAGAAGACGCCAUUUCUGGUAUAAAAGUUGCGCUUGCCCACCUGCGCCAGGCGGAGGAUCGGAUGACCGGGGCUUGA